AUGGAGAGGGCCAGGCCGGAGCCGCAGCCCCAGCCCCAGCCCCAGCCCCAGCCGCGCCAACUGCCGCGGACGACCCCGCCGCGCCCGCUCCGCCCUGCUCCUCCCCAGCCGCCGGCCGAGGGCGCCUCCUUUCGGGCUGCGGCCGCGGAGCCGCCGCCGUCGCCUCCUACCCCGUGCGCGGCCGCCAUUGCGACCGUGGCCUCGUCGUGCGGGGAGGCCCAGGCGUCGGGGGUACAGCCCGCGGCACGGCGGCUGCUGCAGGUGAAGCCCGAGCAGGUGCUGCUGCUACCGCCGGGGCCACCGCUGGCUCAGGCCCGGGACGAAGGCGGCGUCCCCUCGCCCGCGCAGGCGCGGCUGCUGCAGCUGAGGCCCGAGCUGCUGCUGCUGCCGCCGCCGCUGCCGCCGCCGCCGCCGCCGCCGCCGCCGCCGCCGCCGCCCGCGUCCGACGGCGCCCCCUGCAGACCCGACCUGCACGCGGUGCAGCCUCGGGCCCUGCUCGUCAAGGCGGAGAAGCAGGAGCAGGGGCCCGGCUCGGAGCCGUCGCCGUCGGCGGGGACGCGGAGGCCUGCGGACGGGGGCCCUCGGGCCUCCAGGGCGGCCACGCUGGAAGGCCCGGGGCCAGCCCUCGACGGCCGCCGGGGGGACCAGAAGAAGGGCAGGCUGGAGGCGGAGGCGGAGGCGGUCGCGAGGGACGCGCCGAAAGGCGGGGAAGGCAAAAACCUGGCGGCCAUCAGAGAAGGGGUCAUCAAAACGGAGGAGCCCGAGGCGCCCCGCGAGGACUGCAGACUGGGCGGGGAGCCCGCGUCCAAUGGCCUGGUCCAAGGCAGCAAGGAGGUCAUCCUGGCCCAGCCGUCCGGCGCCUUUGGGCCCCACCAGCAAGAUCUCAGGAUCCCUCUGACUCUCCACGCGGUCCCCCCUGGGGCCCGGAUCCAGUUUCAGGGACCUCCACCUUCAGAGCUGAUACGGUUGACCAAGGUCCCCAUGACGCCAGUGCCUAUUAAAAUGCAAUCUUUACUGGAGCCUUCUGUAAAAAUUGAGACCAAAGAUGUCCCGCUCACCGUGCUUCCCUCAGAUGCAGGAAUACCAGAUACUCCCUUCAGUAAGGACAGAAAUGGUCAUGUGAAGCGACCCAUGAAUGCAUUUAUGGUUUGGGCAAGGAUUCACCGGCCAGCACUAGCCAAAGCUAACCCAGCAGCCAACAAUGCAGAAAUCAGUGUCCAGCUCGGGUUAGAGUGGAACAAACUUAGUGAAGAACAAAAGAAACCCUAUUAUGAUGAAGCACAAAAGAUUAAAGAAAAGCACAGAGAGGAGUUUCCUGGUUGGGUUUAUCAACCUCGUCCAGGGAAGCGAAAACGCUUCCCUCUAAGUGUUUCCAAUGUAUUUUCUGGUACCACACAGAAUAUCAUCUCUACAAAUCCUACAACAAUAUAUCCUUAUCGCUCACCUACCUACUCUGUGGUAAUUCCCAGCCUACAGAACACCAUCACUCAUCCAGUUGGUGAUGCCCCACCUGCCAUCCAGCUGCCCACACCUGCAGUCCAGCGCCCAAGCCCCAUCUCACUUUUCCAGCCCAGCGUCUCCACUACUGCCCAGGUGGCCGUCCAGGCUCCAAAUCUGCCCCUCCUCCCAGCACUCCCACCCCAGCACUUUGCUGGGCCCUCCCAAACAGACACUCAUCGGCUGCAUUCUGGAGCCAGUUGCUCUGUGAAGAGACCCACGCCUGUCUCUCUGGAGAACACCAACAGGAUUCCAACUAGUGCAAGUACUACCCAUGCCAGAUUUGCAACCUCAACCAUCCAACCUCCUAAGGAGUAUCCCAGCGUUUCCACUUGUCCCAGAAGUGCACCAAUCCCCCAGGCUCCUCCUAUUCCACACUCACACGUAUACCAGGCUCCUCCCCUUGGCCAUCCAGCCACGUUGUUUGGGACACCGCCGCGAUUCUCUUUUCAUCACCCUUACUUCCUACCUGGACCACACUAUUUCCCAUCAAGCACGUGCCCUUAUAGUCGGCCUCCCUUUGGCUAUGGAAAUUUUCCAAGUUCAAUGCCAGAAUGCCUUGGUUAUUAUGAAGACAGGUACCAAAAACAUGAGGCUAUGUUUUCAGCUUUAAAUAGAGACUAUCCUUUUAGAGACUACCCAGAUGAACGUACACACAGUGAAGAUUCUCGGAGUUGUGAGAGCAUGGAUGGGACCUCUUACUAUAAUAGUCAUAGUCACAGUGGGGAAGAAUACUUAAAUCCCAUGCCUCAGCUGGACAUUGGAGCCUUGGAGAAUGUCUUCACAGCCCCAACAUCAACUCCCUCUAGCAUCCAGCAAGUCAAUGUCACUGACAGUGAUGAAGAGGAAGAAGAAAAAGUGCUCAGAAAUUUAUAA